AUGACUCGGGUGUCGGAGGUGAAGUCGUUGUCUGAAAUGAUGAGGAUGAUGUUGCUUUCCAGGAGCGCAUUUGUGCCGGCGUUAUUGGAGAGGGUUGGUAAACUGGCAUUUACUUUUGAGAGCUUUCUGGAGGCGGUAAAAGACAAGUACGUGGAACUGGCUCAAGAAGGACGCGAACAACGGCCCUGCGUGCUGAAAGGAAACAUUGUACUGCGCCCCACCAGCGUUGCUGAGUUGAAUAGGAACCACGAUAAUGAGAGGCCUGCAGUAGCGGACGCGGUGAUGUACUUGCCGUGUGUGUCAAACUUUCCGCUGCUGGACGCUCUUUUUUUCCUGAACACAAGCCCGAGAAGGACGAUGGUUGGGCUGCAGUUUACUACUGCGGCUGCGCAUGACACAACGGAAAGUAAAUUGAAGGAUUUUAACGAUGAUAUGGCGAAGUGCUUUAACAAUUGGGACACCGUUUCCCGGGACUUGUCGUGGGAGAUUAUUUACGUGCAACAUGUUGACAGUACACCAAUGCGUCGGUGGCAGAAGUGCACCGGCAUCGAACGCUUGACGAGCGAAAAUGAUCAGAGAACUGCGAAGUUGUGGACAGACGCACAUCAGUAUCAGCUGACGUUACUAUACGAAGACGUCCCAAAUUUCCGACUUCUUCAAUAG